UCCCCCACUCACCCGUAAUACAACAGUCUCGUUCGAUUUUCGCCGUGUGUUGACGUUUGGAUCAAUUCUCUAAAUUUUAUACCGUAAUAUCCUUUGUCCUGAUUAAUUUACCUUUAUUAUAUCAAGGAUACAUUAAUUACUCAAAACCAUUUGUAAAGUCACUCAUUAACGUUAAUAACUGGUAAAGUCGACAGGUGCCCGUCGUUCGUGUUGUGUGCGUUUAAUCAGUGAUUCCCGCAUAGUCGUUCGAGCAUGAAUAAUAUAGAAGUAACCGGUAACAGCGUCGCGUGUCAACCGGGAAGAGCUUGGUGAUCGGAGCAGUGUUGGAGUUGAGGUUAACGUGUAAUGUUGAUGAGUCUGCGGUGACGACGAGACGCGGAGUGGUUGGAUGGCGGCAGUAAGCGGCCCCGCGCGGCACUCUCGCGUCUCCAUGAGUGUCUCCAUGUCGCUGAUGCAGGGCGGUACCCAGAGUGCGCCCCAGGGCGCCAUCCUGGCGGCAGCGGCGCCCUACUAUCAGACACCGGCCAUUCCGACCGAUGUGCAGCCCGAUAGGCCCAUAGGAUAUGGCGCAUUCGGAGUAGUAUGGGCGGUGACAGACCCUCGUGAUGGACGGCGUGUUGCCCUCAAGAAGCUGCCCAAUGUGUUCCAGUCGCUCGUCUCUUCCAAGCGCGUCUUCCGAGAGCUCAAAAUGCUGUGCUUCUUCAAACAUGGAAACGUACUCUCGGCGUUGGACAUCCUUCAGCCGCCAAGUCUCGACUUCUUCCAAGAAAUUUAUGUAAUCACUGAGCUUCUUCAGAGCGACCUGCACAAGAUCAUCGUCUCGCCGCAACACCUCUCAGCCGACCACAUCAAAGUAUUCCUCUACCAAAUACUCAGAGGCUUAAAGUACCUACAUUCGGCGAGAAUCCUGCAUAGAGACAUCAAGCCAGGCAACCUGCUGGUAAACAGCAAUUGUGUUCUCAAGAUCUGUGACUUCGGGCUGGCGAGGGUCGAGGAACCGGACUCCACCAAAAACAUGACUCAGGAGGUCGUCACACAGUAUUAUAGGGCGCCAGAGAUUCUGAUGGGCGCAAAUCAUUACACGGCAGCGGUGGAUGUCUGGUCGGUUGGGUGUAUAUUCGGCGAAUUGCUUGGAAGGCGAAUUCUGUUUCAAGCUCAGAGUCCCGUACAGCAGCUGGAGUUAAUAACAGAGCUUCUGGGUACGCCGUCGUUGGAGGAUAUGCGAUACGCUUGUGCCGGUGCGCGUGCGCACAUGUUGCGUCGUGCGCCUCGCCCGCCAGCUCUGGCUGCGCUGUAUACCCUGUCUGUACAGGCCACGCAUGAGGCAGUCCAUUUGCUUGCACAGAUGCUAGUCUUCGAUCCGGCGAAACGAAUCUCUGUUGUCGAUGCGCUCGCGCAUCCGUAUCUCGAAGAGGGGCGACUGCGGUACCAUUCUUGCAUGUGCAAGUGUUGCUACAACGCCCCUCCGGCUGCAAGACAUUAUUCACCGGAUCUCGAACCCGUAGCACCCCACGCCUUCCACGACGGCUGGGAGAGGAAGCUUACUUCUGUACAUCAAGUUAAAGAGGAGAUCCACAAAUUCAUAGCGGAGCAGCUGCAGACGUCUCGUGUGCCGUUGUGCAUCAACCCACAGUCCGCCGCGUUCAAGAGCUUCGCAAGCUCGACAGUCGCACACCCGUCGGAGCUGCCCGUCGCCUCACCAGUGGGAAUGACGCGAGUCUAAGCGUGGCUUCGACAAGCGACGCGCCCUUUACACCGACGCACGAUAAUUCACUGGUUUAGCCUUAAGCGCAAUACUUGCUGUAGCCAAUUGUUAAACAGAUUUCAUAAAACUCACGGCGAAAUUGACUACAACGAGUGUUGCGAUAUGUCGGCUAUCGAAACGUUAACGUUAGAAACGUUUAAACUAGCGUCGAUAGUGAUAGUGAAUAUAGUUUAUGCAUGUUUUUGUCACGGAUGUACAAUUUGUAACACCAAUCAAUGUUAGCUUUCAUUGUAUGUAUAUCAAUGGAUAGAAUUAGAAUUCAUAAUUUCAAGUGACUAUUAUACGCAUUUUGUAUUUAGACUGAAGGCAAACACAGACCUCGGGAUUAAAUGUUUGUAAAUAUAACUAAGGAUCGUAGUGAUAUAAUAAAGACAUGCAUAGAAUGAAUACGACGGAAUAGUGGAAGCGCGCGCGCGUAAACAUAUUACCAAAUAUAUUUUCCUGACAUUACGUAUUAGAUGUAGCGAUCGUGUACGUUGGUAGAUUAGGGUUUGACGUCUUGUGGUGUGAGAGAAAUGGGUAAAGGAUUGUUUGAAUGACUUCGUGCGUAUUCAGCCUAUAUCGGAUAUUGCAAAGCUGUAGGCCAUGCUUUUUAGAAUGUUAUCAUCUUUAGAGUUAUGGGUCGUCUCCGAUUGGAAUGGUACGGUCCAUUUGGUGGAAUAACCAAAUUUCGUUUGGAAAUUCUCCGGCGACUCCGAUCGGAAAUAGAAAAAUUGUUAGCCGAUUUGAUAGGUUUUUGGUGUGUGCCUGAUUGAUUUGUGAAAGUUGCGAGCAAUACAUAUAUUGAAAUAUAUUCGUUGUUGAUUAAAAUGACGUUGUAACGAUUUCUUUACUUAAUUCUUUAUUCUCUCAUUGUAUGUAACAUCGACUGACAUUUUGAGUAGUUUAGAAUUUAGGUGUAAUUGACUUUAUUUACGAUUUAUACUGAUUGAAAUUUAAAAUUUGGUUGAUGGUAGGUAGUAAUUUACAUAACAGAUUUUCAUCGUGAUGAAAAUUCGUAACUACCCUUCGACUGUACGUGACCUUUUGUAAUUAUUUUCAAGCAUUUAUUAAUAGUAGUAUAUAAUUAUACUAAUGUGUGUUAGUGUGCGUCGAUGUUUGUGUAUUUAAUUGGCCAACACUGUAAUCGUAUUAAGUAUUCAAAAUUAAUCUUCUAGACUACACACAUGUUUUGCUCGGUACAUGACCUUGAAAGCGUAUCGUGUCGAACAUAUGUGUAGUCACUUGUGUUUGUGUAGUCUAGUAUCUCGAUAUUAUAUGUAAUGGAGUCCCAAGAAAUCAUUCGUAGCCUUAAUUGUAGUUCAAAACUAUAUAAAAGAUUUAAAAGUAACUAAAUUGUAAAUAAUCUCGUAGUUUUAGUAUGGAAUGGGAAACUGGAAACCAAUAGGUUGGCUGGCUUUCUGUAUCGACACACGUGAUAACAGACCUUAUGGCUUUGUGAAUUAGAUCUCAAAUUGAAUUGUGUGUUUGUACAGGGUUACGUCUAGAUGGUACAAAAACAGCCGGUCUACAAUACUAUUAGUACACGUGAGUUCUAUGUAGAGAUUCAAACUUAAACUAUAUGUAGUUAAAAUGAUUUUAAUUCGUUUGUUUGUUACGCACGUGUACGUAAUAGUGUACGCUAGAUAGCGGCCACACCUUGCCUUACAGAUAACUGUUACUGUGAUCCUAAUACAGCCUCCAAGCUGCCGCGUGCGCGUACAUAUUCGUAGUAUACGUAUGUUCGUAGCUCGCUUCAAUCCGAUUGCGGAAGAUUUCUUCGGAAGCGUCUGACUCAAUCGAGAACAAAUACAAUUACCUGAUAGAUUUAUUGAUUAUUGCUGUAAAUAGAAUUCGAAUUGAACGCUUCUUAAUAUGUACAUAAUUCGUUUCCAGACUGUUAGAGAUCUCGUAUGUUGUUUUAAGUAAUUUUCCAUUUAGCACACAAGGUGAUUUAGUUUAGACAAUUAGUUUUGGUCAGUCAUUUUUUUUAGGUUUAAGCGUUGACGCUAUCGAGGCAGAGUGUGUAAAUAUUAGCAAAUAAUAUUAGUUUAUACAUUUACAAACUGCCUCUGCACGUAUUCUGCGUAUUAGCUAAGGUAACUUUUAAAUAGAAAAAUGACAAAAAAAAUAAACGAAGAGAUUUUUACAAAUUUAAGAAUUUCUUUGUCGGACGCAGUAAGUUUAUAAAGUUAUUGUCUUUUGUUAACAUAGCUUUUACACAUUAAGAAAACACUUUUUAAACUGAUUGAAGCUAUGUAUUAUUAUUAUUAUUAUAAACUUAUAAUUAUUUGCAUAAUUUUUUUCCG